AGUGUCGCUGGUUUCAUGGCUCCAGGAUGGAGGGGUUCCUGUCCACGUUUCCACCCUUCAGUGUGUACGGUAACCCGGGGUGCGCUCCCCCGGCUCCGGGCAGCAGCUGGGCCAAGAGGGACUUCAUGACCCCGCAGGGCCUCAACUAUCUGGAAAUCUGCAAGGCCCUCUUGUCCCAAGUGAGCCCCGGCUUGAAGAGAGCCAACACCAAGGAGUGCGGCGUGCAGGUGAACGCAAAGGUAGAUAAAAUCGUGCAGUGCUCUCUGGGUCCCAAGACGCUGUACUGCGACGAACAUCCAGCUUCCUCCUCCUCCAAGCCUCCCCAUAGCCCGGAGCUGUGCGCGCCGGACGGCAGGGCGCAGCUCAACACGCCACCGGUGAGCACCCUGCGCUUCCUCAGACCCGUGUCCAUCUACUCGCCGGUGUUCGACCGCAGGAUCUCCAUGAUGAAACUCGGCGAUGACUGUGGGAGCGAAGGAGAAGCCGAAGAAGCCACGAAGCAAUCCGAGUCUGAUGCUGAGACGGAGGGAAGCAGCGAGGAGGAGGAGGGGGAGGAGGAGGAAGUGAAGGACAUGAAGGCAACUCUGCACCGCUCUACAAGAGGAUCCAACUUUCAGUUCCUCGAGCAGAGGUACGGCUUUUUCCACUGUAAAAAAUGUAACAUCCGGUGGGAGAGUGCUUAUGUAUGGUGCAUCUCUGGAACCAGUAAGGUGUACUACAAGCAGCUCUGCCGGAAGUGUCAGGUGGGGUUUAACCCCUACAGGGUGGAGUCCAUCCUCUGCAAGGGCUGCUCUCAGACUUGCUGCAGCUGUGAGAAGAAGCAGAGGCACAUCAACAUGAAGAGGCCUCACCGUCAGGACCUGUGUUGCCGCUGCAAAGGAAUGAAGUUGUCCUGCGAUGCCACCUACAGCUUCAAAUACAUCAUCUGAGCUGCCCUGCAUAUCCAUCACCAUGUAUAUGUCUGCUUGCAUUCGCCACGAAGGUUUGAGAUCAGGUCACUAAU